CACUUCACCACCUCAUCCAGAAAUCAUCACAUUCCAUUCGCUUUUUGCUUGCACCAAAUCCAAUCCCAGCAGGUAGCUAGAUCGACCAAAGCCAAUCCAGUGAUCACGACCUCAACCAGGAAAAGGGAGAAGCAAUGGCGGGCGUGGGUCGUAACAUGGUGGCGCCGCUGCUGGUGCUGAACCUCAUCAUGUACCUCAUCGUCAUCGGGUUCGCCAGCUGGAACCUCAACCACUUCAUCAACGGCCUCACCAACCGCCCCGGCGUCGGCGGCAACGGCGCCACCUUCUACUUCCUCGUCUUCGCCAUACUCGCCGGCGUCGUCGGCGCUGCAUCCAAGCUCGCCGGCGUGCACCACGUCCGCACCUGGCGCGGCGACAGCCUCGCCACCUCCGCCUCGUCGGCGCUCGUGGCGUGGGCGAUUACCGCCUUGGCCUUUGGGCUGGCGUGCAAGGAGAUCCACAUCGGCGGGUACCGCGGGUGGCGGCUCCGGGUGCUGGAGGCGUUCGUCAUCAUUCUGAUGUUCACGCAGCUGCUGUACGUGCUCGCGCUCCACUCCGGCCUCUUCGGGAACCAGUUCGGUGGCAACCAUGCUGGUGGGUAUCCGGCGGAGCAUGCGUACGGCGCAGGCGGCGACCCGCACAACAAGGGCAUGGGCAUGGGCACCGGCGGCGUCGCCAGGGUCUGAGCUGGUGAUCGAUCUUGUAUGCAUACAUGGUAUUGGUGUGUGUUGUGUUCAUGGUUAUGGUUGUAGACAUGUAGCAUGUACUAGUGGGUGUGUUCCGCUGCCUCCCGGCACGGAUGGAGUUUAAUUUACUAGUAGUAUGAUCGAUCAAUUGGCUUCUUAA